AUGGCUCCAACAAUUGUCUACCAGGUAUUUCCAACUGUCAGAGAAGUACAGCUACGGAAAUGGGCAGUUGAAAACACGAUGUUGCCCUCAUUUGUUAUUCUCUCACUUAGUGCCUUAGGGAUUAGCACUGUAAUUGGAUUUUUCACCAAUUUAUUUAUUAUUGUAGCCCAUGGAAUGGACAGGGCUAAAGGUAGGAACAUCAACCCAAGAGAACUGAUCCUUUUUACCCUGGGCCUUUUCAAUAUUGCCUAUCAGUUUAGCAUGGCAGCUAAUGACUCUGUUCUCUACCUAUGGAGUAAUGUAUACUUCUCUGACAAUGUUUACACCAUCUUCUCCAUCCUUCUGCUUUUCACAAUCUUCUCCAGCUUCUGGUUUACUUUCUGUCUCUGUGGCUUCUACUAUGUAAUGCUUGUUACAUUUGAACAAACAUUCUUCAUGCGCCUGAAGCAAAGAAUCUCUCAUGUGGUCCCCUGGAUGCUGUUCUCCUCUGUACUGCUGUCACUCAUCAUCAGUGUCCCAGUUACUUGGAAUAUCAAGAAAGAUGAAUAUUUGGUUCAAUUGCAUGGUAAUCUCACUGACAACUCAACCGUGCAAUAUGGAAUACCACAAAUGAGUCUUCAGUACUUGCUGGUCACCAGUAUUAUAGGUUGCUGCAUACCUCUCAUCCUGGUGGCUUUUGCCAAUAUCUUGAUAAUCAAGUCCCUCUGUGUCCAUGCAAAACAUCUCAGUAAGAAUGCUGGAGGUAUGAGUGUGCAGAGUGUUGAAGCCAGCGUAUCUGCAGUACGCACUGUCAGCUCUCUUCUUAUUCUUUACAUUAGUUUUUACAUUUCUCAGAUAUUGCUGAUCAUGGCCGUUUUUGAUGUUAACAGUAUUUGGUUUUCUGUCUGUUUGCUAGUUAUCUACGCCUACUCCCCGGUACAGUCAAUCAUUUUGAUUCUUGGAAGUCCAAAACUUAAAAGUACAUUGUUAACAUUUUUGGGGUCAAGGAAAAGAAAAAUGCCUCCAACUGGGGACAUACAAGCAAUAAGCUGA